AUGCUUAGACCUGGGCUAAGAAGAGAAACAACGGAAGAGUUCAAGAGCACCAGUGUAGUACCAGUCGAAGACCCUCCAAUGCUAAAGGCAAGGGGCCCUAUUUAUAAAGAGUGCUUGCCAAUUUGCGCACGCCUUCCAACACAUCCUUACGCCUUCCCCGCGCUAAACGUGCGACUCGUGAAACAGCCGGCCGCCUCUGGUGAUUUCCUGCCGCCUCGCUCCGACGCGCGAGAAGGCAUGCCUUUAAAAACACUGCCAGUGACCGAUUUCAAUGUUGCGGAGGCAAAGGAGCCCCAGGAUGCGAAACAAGAAGCUCAAUUCACAGACCCAGAUGUAGAGCGGCAAAUUUCUGCCAUUAGGGUUAUUCGUGAUGUUGAGACUGAACAUCUCCUGACUAAUUUGCGUUUGCUUCGCUCCUACUUCAACAAGGAACAGCAGCGAACCCCUCUAUUGCAAUAUUUUAAAGAGAACUUUCAAAACCUGUCGAAUGUAAGAAAUGGAGAAAAUGGACAAAUGGAAGUGCAAUGGAUUGAUAAAGAUGGCAAUGUAUCCAUGAAUGAUGGAAUGGAUUUACAUGAGACUCUUCUUCGCCGGUUGUCCAUUGCUUAUUCUGGUUGUUCAGCAGCAAUUCCAUCUCUUGGUGGCUUUGAGUUUUCUAGUAAAGCAGAUAAAGCAAGCCUUCUGGGUGCUGAUAAUCUGCAGAUCAGCGACUUUGUGAGUAGCCAGAGGCUGUCUAUUGGGAUGACACCGAAGACGCGAAGGCUCCCGAAGCCUGGGGAGAUGCUCUUAUCUGUCCAUGGCUCACCCCUUGGUGAUUACAAGGAAGACAACAUGGAAGCCAUACAUGUCGGAAGAGGGAUGACUGGCUUGAAUUGGCUCAAGUGGUCAAUCAGGAUUCACGACCGUGCAUUACUUGCCAAUUCAAGGUUCUUUAAUUUACUUCUAGCAUUGUGCUAA